UCUGUCAUCUGGAGGAAAUUAAAACCCCUGGCCGGGUGGGGAGCUUCCAGUUCCAGGCGAGUGCUCCCGCGUGUCCACGUGUCCACCAUGAGGCCCCUGGUGUUGCUGUGGGGCUGCCUCGUGCUUCCAGGUUAUGGAGCCCUGGUGGGCCCGAAGGAGAUCAGAGCAUUCGAAGGUGACACUGUGUCCCUACAGUGCACCUACGGGGAAGAGCUGAGGAAGAAAAAGAAAUACUGGUGCAGGAAAACUGGGCUCUUGGUUCAACGCUGCUCUGGUGCUAUCUAUACAGAAGAUGGCCAGGAGAAGACAGAGGGCAGGGUGUCCAUCCAAGACAGGCCCCAGGAACUCACGUUCAGCGUAACCCUGAGGAAACUCACCCUGCAGGACACGGGGAAGUACUUGUGUGGUGUCACAAUACUGGGCUUGGAUAAGAUUUUCAUGGUCUCUCUGAUAGUCCUUCCAGGUCCCUGCUGUCCUCCCUCCCACACUCCCUCCUUCCAGCCUCUUGCUACAACAAGCCUCCAGACAAAGGCUAAAGCUUGGCAAACUCAGCUCCCAGAAUUGACUUCUCCUGGUCUCCACUCGACAGUCACCACAGCUGAGCAGGGGAAGACAGAGGCCAAGGCCUUUCCGUUCACAGGGACGUCCCCAUAUGAGCAUGCAAGAAACUCUCUAUACACAGGAACCUCUCCAUACGCAGGGACCUCUCCUCACACGGCGACCUCUCCGAAUGAAGAGACCUCUCCUCACAAAGCAACCUCUCCUCAUGCAGGAACCUCCAGCCCAGCAAGACAUCUGGACUCCACCCCAACAGAGGACACCAGACUUGUCCCCAGCAGCAGCAACUCCAAGUCCAGGAAGUCCCUCUCAAUGGUCCGAAUCUUGGCGCCGGUCCUGGUGCUGCUGAGCCUUCUGCUGGCCACAGGCCUGACUGCCCUCGUCGGGUACAUGUUCCAAUGGAGGAAAAAAGCUCAACUGGCCAUGCAGACACAGAAGAAUGAGAAGGUCCACCUCUCACACUUGCCUCUGGGGAACGGCCUGGUCCCGGAGUAUGCGGUGAUCAACCUCGCAGCGCCCAUGGGACCCUGUGCCAGCCUGAAGUCCUCCGCCAGCCCCUACACAGAGAUCCAGUGCCUAAGCCAGCCUUCAGAGGAAGAGGAAGCCUCUUUCCAGCACCCUGAGCGCGACAUGAGCCCAAGGCCUCCCCCUCACAUGUGCGAGGAGCUCAGCCUCUCCAAGUUCAUUUUGGUCUAGCCACAGGGCCCCUCUAGGCCAGGCCUGCUGUGAAUCUGAGUGGCUGGAUUUGCAUUCAUUCCAAUAAGCUUUCUGGCCUUCUGCCUUGGCUUCAGAGUUCACCUGCUAGACUCCAGGGCUCUUCCCACCUUCCCCAGGCUCUCUUCCUGCAUGCCCCAGCCUGCCCUGGAAACCUUUGUCAGCCUGCAGUGGUAGCCUCACAGUUCCAGCAGAGACUGGGACCUCCCCAAUGUUUUCACAUCCCUGGGCAGGGCACGAAGCCACUGGACCCUCACCAGGGCCAGGCAGGGCUCAGCUCUGGUCUGGGUUCUUUGCUACAGGCAAUCCCCUGGGCCUGGAGAUAAGAAGUCGCCCUCUCCAUCCUCUAGACCCCACCUUCUCCUCCCUUCCUUCCAUUCUCAAAUUCAGCGCCACUUUCUCCUGCAUAAGGUGGGGUGAGGAGGAAACAUGCUGGGGUUAGAUUCUGAACCACCUGCAUCCCAGUCCUUCAGGAAGCUGGUUAAAAAUGUGAUCCCUGGGCUCUACCAAGACCUACUAAAACCAUCUCUGGGGCUGGGCCUAGGACUCUGCAUGUCUAAUAAGUGCCUGGCGGUUCUAAUACUCAAGUUGGAGAACCAGUGGGCCUGUUGAACUCUCAGGUCCCUCCAGUUUAGAGUCUACAUUUGGUGUAUGGGGUCGCCCACCCACCCCUACAGGGGCUGCUCUGCCCAUAACACCAUGACCCAGCUGGGGCCUUUCCUGGGCCUGCGUGAGUCCAGGCACAGGGCAUGGCACACUGGAAGGCAAGGAGGAGUUGUCUUUCAGAUCUCCUCUCCCAGCCAAGCAUUCAUUCCAGGCUUUGGAAGGAGGAUGGAAAGAAAAGCUUGGCUCCUUCUUUGUCAAGAAAGGGUUAAUUGCCUCAGUUCUGGUGGCUGGGGGGGUGGGGGGGGUGGCGUGGAGGAAACCUCUGGUGUAGAUGAGCGUCUAAAAUGGAAGAGGAAGGGGACAGAGCAAGAACAUAUGAGGGACCUCAAGGUGACCCUAAGUCUGGCCCCCUGGAGAAGUUGUGGGAUGGGGAGGUGGGUAAAGUAGAACAAUUCUUUUCUAUUUCUAUUUUCUUUAAAAAGUAAAAUGGCGGGGAGAGGGGGUUGCCCAGUAUACAAAACUUAGAAAGAUGGAGGGAAAAAGAAAACAAGUCACCCAUAGUCUUACCACUACCCAGAGACCAUCAUUGUUGCAGUUUGCUGUAUUUCCUUCCACUCUUUUUUUCUCCACAUCAUUUGCUGGUGUUCUUUUGCAAAUUUUUUUGUAUAUACUCGUACUUCGCAUCCUGUUCUUCCCACUUAAUUAAUAUAUCGUAAGCAUUUCUCCAUGUUUUUACAAGCUUUUUAUAAAUAAAAUGUUUAUCAGCUGUGUAAUAUUUCA